AUGGCUCAGAGAAGAAUCAGGGGAGGCAAACUCAUGAUGGUGUUGUGUGUGGUGGCAAUGUGCAGAGCCGUCCCCAUCAACGACCUCAUCUAUCGAGCCUCUCAACAGUCUGACAAACUGCACGCGCUCAGCACGAUGCUCACCCAGGAGCUGGGCUCUGAAGUAUUCCCUAUAGACAGGGUUCACGCGUGCCACACCUCCUCUCUACAGACCCCCACUGACAAGGAACAAGCACUUCAAGUAUCAGAGUCAGAUCUGUUGUCCCUGGCUCGCUCCCUCCUGCAGGCUUGGUCGGACCCUCUUGUAGUCCUGUCCUCCUCUACUAAUGUCCUCCCGUACUCAGCCCAAAGCACCUUAUCCAAAACUAUCCAGAAGAUGCAGGAGCACUCCAAAGACCUUAAGGAUGGCCUGGAUAUACUAUCUAGCAAGAUGGGUCCAGCUGCUCAGACCAUCACUUCACUUCCAUUCAUAGAGACCAAUGAGAUCGGCCAGGACAAGAUUACCAAACUGCUGUCCUGCUUUCGCCGGGACUCGCACAAGAUCGACAGCUUCUUGAAAGUCCUGCGCUGCCGGGCAGCAAACAUGCAACCCCAGAUGUGCUGA